CAUGCAGCCACACCGAGCCUCCUCAACUGCUCCGCCUUCCACUGGCUUGUGGGGAGUCUCUUUUUGGUGGCUUUUGUCGCCUAUACCUUCCCUGUGAUGGUCGUGCUGCCGGUCUCGAAGGUUGCGCCCGACGGCUCCUCCUCCGCGGACGGUUUCCUCACGACGCUCACUCGUCUGGCUGACAAGUGCGCCAUCCUAGCCUGGCUCCUGGUGCUUUUCACCCGCGACUGCAACUUUGACUACUGGCAGAAGCAUGGCGUGGAUUUCUACCUGCAGGUACGCUUCUUGCUGGAUGAUGUCACAGUCAUCACCUCCAUCCUCGUGGGCUCCAGUCUGCCCUGGCUUGGUUACCGUGACCACGGACGCCGUGGAUUUUCGUCACCGGAUCCGCUUUCACAGUCCGCUCCGGUCGGCAAAGCUUCCAUUAAGUCCUGA